AUGGCCCAAAAUAUUCAUACUACAAGAUUUCAAAAAGUAAAGUGGGGUGAUAGCACUGCUCAAAUAGAAACAGUUAAUAGUAAUGGCGUCGAGUGCCUGCGUCUCGAAGACGUUCAACGACACUUUCACACAGUGAUAGUGAAGGCCUUUCUUAUUGACAAUGUACAGAAGGCAUUUAUCCACGACGAGACUGGAAAAAACUCAGAGCCGCUGCGUAUUGUUGCGCAUCUUGACAAAACUGUGGAAGUAGUGGGAUCUAUGAAACAUUCCAGUAAUGACAUUCAUGAUCAACUGCUUCUAAUGGAUGGUAAACUCGAUCGUAUUGACGCCAAUACGCAAGAGAUAUUACGCCAGAUUGAUCAUGUCAUGACCCAAAUGUAUGAAUUACAUGAGUUUACUACACCUCGCUAUUUUUUCAUCUUACCUGCGGAGCAUAGCAACAUCAAAGCGAUCGACACCGUACAAAAUUGGUUACACAUUCAUUAUAAACUCUAUUUUCUAUGUGAAUGUUCACAAGAUCCAAAAGAAAUGCAUGUCGCUCCACAUGAAGGUUAUUCAAUUAAAAGACCGAGAGAUUUCAUUCUGCGAUACGGACCGUAUUUAAAAACAACUUUAGCAAUUGCUCAAGCCCUGCUUUCAAUUGGAGGUUUUGCUAUUCCACAACUAGGAAAUGUAUCAAAAGCUAUCAAUGAUGUAUUACCGCCACAACUUAAUAAUUCUCAGUUCUACACAGACGCGGAACAAAAAUUGCAAAUGGUUGAUGAUUUACUCAAUAAAGUCGACAACCAGCAAUAUCGUGCAGGUGCUUCAGUAGUUGACAGACACCAGUCAAGAGGAACAGCAUUGCAAGGUGCCGAACUACGAGAAAUUCAAACGUAUCUUGAACGUGUUGAUGAUAAGCGUAGCUUGGGAAAUUUAUACCGAAUAGUCACUGCUGACGGUCAUGUUCGUUGGGUCUGUCACAAACACUAUAAUGCGAUUAGUUACAAUAAUGAAAUGAGCAAAUACAUCAAGGAAUUUAAAGCCAUGGGAGGUAAAUUCGAUGAGACGACUAACGAAGCACUUAUAAAUCAAGUGAAUAUUACUAAAGAAAAUGUUGAAAUGAUGUGCACGGCUCUUGAGAAGGGUUUUAAUAUUGAGAAGCUAAUAUGUCGAGAAUGUUCAAUCGGCGAAGAUGAUCUCAAAAAACUGCUUGACAUCAUCAUUAAUCGCUCUUCAAUUCGUUGUCUAAAUAUGGGUUCGGUUCGUGUACGAAACGUUUUUGGAAUCACAAAGUAUACUUGUCAAGAAAUGGCCGCAGAGUUCAAUAAUCAAACAAUGAAAGUUCGUUUCUCCGAAGCUAAUCGAAGUGGAAAUACGAUGAUGCUCGCUCGGCUUUUGCUUCAAAACAAGAUAUGUGGAAACUUAGACUUUUCUGCGAGUGAUUUUCUCGGCUAUGAAUCUGAUGUUCAACGUAGUCUUGAAACAAAUGCAAUUCUAACAGAUCUAGCUGUGGAGUAUUCCAACAACAUCGAUAUCCUCAACAGUAUAUUAAGUUUGAAAAUAAAUGCACUACAGCAUUUAAAACUCACUCACUCAUUGUGUGCUUCCCCAGCUUUCUCACAUUUCUGCGAAAUGUUGAAGAAGAAUAAAAAACUCCUUGAAAUAGACCUGAUGGAUCCGAGUGGUUUGGGUGACGAAGCCUGCAUCAAUCUUCUUCUGGACACUUUGAAAGAUCACAAAUCAAUCAAGCAUCUUAGUUUGCACAUUCGAAAUAUUCGACCAACUGAUCAAAAAGAAACCUCUUUAAUAAAAUCAUUACAAAAACAUGUAUUUAUUUCACGUCUCUGUAUAUCGUCAUCACUUAUCUCACGUGAAUUCACAAAAGCACUUCUUUAUGCUUCAAAAGAGCAGAGUCCAUUAACUUAUUUGGAGUUUUAUAAUUGCCAAGUGGAAUACGAUGAUAAAGCAAAAUUACAAUCAUUUCAUGAUAAUGGAAGUUUAUCUCACCUGGCUUUUUAUGAAGAACCACGUUGGGAUGUGUUAUUAAAGGAAACAAAUGGAUCGUUAAAUAAAGGUAAGAGAAGUAGCAUCUUCACCGACAAUGGUAGUUCCAAUUUCGUGCAGCUAGUCACUUUACUCUUAAGAGAGGAUUUAGAACAGAAUUGA